UUGUAUGAUGUUAUUACUAUUUUUAAAAUAUAUAAUGAUCUGGAGUGUUCAUUUUAUUAUUUUGUAAUAUAGUGUCAUGAGUAAGUGUACAGAUCUCUUUUGUCACCUAUUAAAAUAUCAUAAAUGAUAUCUUGAUGAAAAAAAUGAAAAUUGUCUGAACUCCCAUAUGGGAAGCAUUAGACAGCAUUCAAGCACUGUAGGCCUGAACCAUGAGAGUGCAAAGUCUGGAUGUUCAGAUCUGGGGUUUUGGUUUGGACUCAUCUCUAAUAUGUGUGCUGUCACACAGGUGGUGGUGGGAGAAAUUGUUUACCUAUGUGAUAAAACUGAAUUUAAGAUGCACCUUUGUCUGCCUCACUUGCAUACUUCCUAGCAAUCCAUCAUUACUUCGACUGCUUCUAAUAUUCUAAACUCCUCAGCUCCUUUUGUAUAGUUUCCAUGAAAAAUAAACAGCCCAAACAAACAAAACCCCCACAACUUGCCAUAAAAAUGUUUUCUCCUUUUGCAUCCUGCUUAAAAACACAGUUGUUAUAUCACGUAAAGUCCAAAUUCACCACACACACCUCUUCCUAGGAUUUGGCUUUAUUAAAAAGAAAACUAUAGUAAGAUAAAGAUCACCUCAAAUCUUCUUUUUGGCUUGGCUAUUUCUUGAGCUCUUUUCUCAGGACUCCUAGAGCCUCUCUCCCAAAGAGCCAUUCCCACCUCUCCUUAUAACCAGGAAGGGGAAGGAUUCCACAGAAUAGACCUUUUCUCUGUAAUGUGUUCAACUGUAGUAUGCCAUUUGGAGGGGAGUUGAGACACCAACCACCUUUCCUCCCUCAGCAGGCGUGAAUUUGGACCUCAGAGAUUAGUGUCCCCAUAUCUGCUUAUUAUGCAGAGUCAAGCAGAGGGGUAAAAUGGAACAUGAAAAAUUCAGUUCAAGUGGUUAAAACAGUUUCAAUUGAUACAUUUUCCAUUUAAUAUUAAAAUUUUCCUUGUAUGAGUCUAAAAACUCCACAAAGCUUUUUAACCCUUAGGAAACUGACAUCUGAGUACUGGCUAAUUUCUGGCCCCUGAGGUGCACCAUGCUUGGGAGGAAAGACUACUUUAGAUUGCUGCAAAGUGGCUCAGCUUAAGUCUCAUGAAAUGAGGAAGUCCAACCCUGCCCUAACUUUGCUCCCACCCAAGCUCCCGUGUCCCACCUUUCCCUGAUGCCUGUGUGUUGGGGCUAGAGAAAUAUCAGAUACAGGCUGUUCUCUUCCCCUUAUAAACACACUCAGUCUUUUUCUCUCAUGCACACAUGCGCGCGCACACACACACACACACAGUAUGUGCUUUUCUUUGUCUGAAUGUGAAAAUUGUAAUUACAUAUUGACAUGUGAGCAACUUCUGUUACAGUAUUGUCUUCUUUUAAAAACAUAAACUUCCUUUUGUUUAUAUAUUAUUUUAUUGCUUUGUUUAUAUUUAAAUAUAUUGAUUUAUGUAAAGCCAGAGUUUGAUCUGCUCUCUCACAUUUCCUUUAGGCAAGCUCCUGUCCUUUAAAUGUACUCUAUGUUGAUAAAGCAUGUGAAAGCAGCAGGGAUUUUUCUUUAAAUCAGAUGUAGAGAACGAACAUAUUACUUCCCUUAAACAUCAAUUUUCGUUAAAACAGUUACAUCUGGAAUAUUUUAUAUCAAGCAGUCUGGACCUUUAAUCUCUUCUUGUACUGAUAUAUAAUUCAUCAGAUCAUGUCAUCAGACAUAGCUAACCCACGUGUAUGAAAUGUGGAGAAAGUCUUAGAGUAUCUUAUGAUCAGAUAUUUAUAGAGAGCUAUUAGUGGAUCUGGACUCUUCAGAGAUCAUUUUUCAAUACAUGAAAAUAUCAGAUUCAGCUUAAUAAUCACUUGUUUAAAGCGUGAGGUCCUAUAUGUUCUUCUCAAAAGCUAAAAAAAGUGUUCUUAUGGAUGCACUGCUUCAGGUGCGCAUGUGCCUGUGCACUUGAAGUGCUGCACCCUUCAGGGGACACAUCUUGAAGCAAUCCAGUUACUGCACCUGUACCUAAGUCCUCUGUGUUUCUGGAAAUCCACAAUUAACCUGAAGAUUUAAAAAACUGCCUCCUAUAUAGAACUUUUUUUUCCUCGCUGCUUGUGAUCCAAGUUAUACAGAUAUAAAAUGUCUAAUUCUAAAUAUGUGAAUGAUGAAGACUUUGAUGAUAACAUCCCCACCCAGAAUGUUAUUCAGCAAAGCUUGCAGCAUAUCCAUACAAGUGAGACAGUCACAGAUACUGCAGAGAAUGAUAGAUUCCAGUUUGUUAUGAGCACAGAACAUGGAAAGAUAAUCACAGCAAUACGGGCAGGCCAAGAAGCAGUCUUGCUGAAGUUGAUGAGGCACUGUUCAGCUUUUAAGGAAGCUGACCAGCGAGGCUGGCUUCCUUUGCAUGAAGCUGCAGCACAAUUAAACAAGAACAUCCUAGAAAUAACUCUGAAGGCUUCAGACCCCAUUGUGUGGGAGCAGACCAGUCUGAAAGGGGAAACUCCUCUCUUUGUAGCAGUAGACAAAUGUCUCUUAGACAAUGUUCACUUUCUCCUACUCAAUGGCUGCAAUCCUAAUGUUAAGAAUGAAGAAGGAGAUUCUUCUUUAGUUAUAGCAAUUAAACACGAUUUAUAUGAAAUUGCCUCCCUGCUGAUAAGGUUUGGAGCAAAUGUAAACUUGCAGGGUGUCAGUAAGAGGACAGCUUUACAUGAAGCAGCCAGACUAGGCAGGAAAGAUAUCGUGAACCUUCUGCUUUGCUCUGGAGCAGAUCCUGAUCCCCGCAGUGCAUAUGGGCUCACUCCCCUAGCGCUGGCUGCACAGAUUGGGCAUACAGAAAUUAUGGAAAUUUUACUGCGAAAAGGUGCUGAUGUCCUUUCGCAAGCAGCUGAUUGUGCUUCCAUAUUAUUUGAAGCUGUUGGAGGAGGAAAUCCAGAUUCACUCUCUCUUUUACUAGAAUAUGGAGCUGAUGCCAAUGUGCCAAAACACACAGGUCACCUGCCUAUCCACAGAGCUGCAUACAGAGGACACUUUCUAGCUUUAAAGCAGCUAGUUUCAGUUACUGAUUAUGCUGCUAUUAAGGAGAGUGGGAUAAGUCCAGUUCACUCAGCAGCAGCAGGAGCACAUCCUCAGUGCCUUGAGUUUCUCCUCAAAUCUGGGUUUGAUGCCAAUUUCAUGUUGCAUGAGAGGGUUUGCAAAGGCUACGAUGAUCGGAGGAAAUCAGCUUUAUAUUUUGCUGUCUCAAAUGGGGAUAUUUGCUCAACUCAGCUGCUUCUGGAUGCUGGAGCCCUGCCAAAUCAAGACCCCAUUAAGUGCCUCCAGCUAGCCUUGAGAAUGGGCAACUAUGAGCUAAUCAAUCUACUGCUUCAGCAUGGGGCCAAUGUAAAUUACUUCUGCAGAGUGAAUACGACGCAUUUUCCCUCAGCUCUGCAGUAUUCUCUAACAGAUGAAAUCAUGUUAAGAAUGUUACUGAAUUAUGGAUACGAUGUGUACCGCUGCUUUGAUUGUCUUCAUGGAGACAACAUUCGUUCCCCCUAUGCCUUUGAAGGAUGGACUCCUUCUGUUAUCAAAGACAACAUGUUCUGUGAAGUGAUAACGCUGUUAUGGCUGAAGCACGUAGCUGGGAAAGUAGUGCGAGUGAUGCUAGAUUAUGUUGAUCAUGUUAGCAUCUGCUGUAAGCUGAAAGCAGUUCUCAAGGAACAGACACUAUGGCCAGAAAUCAAUUCCAUUUUGACAAAUCCACGUUCUUUGAAACAUCUUUGUCGUCUGAAGAUUCGGAAAUGCAUGGGUCAUUUGCGUCUGCGUUGUCCUGUCUUCAUGACAUUCCUUCCGCUGCCCAUUCGUUUGAAAGAAUAUAUACUGUACAAAGAAUAUGAUCUUUAUGGGCAAGGAAACUGGAUAGGAACCCACUAAUCUAACUGCAUAGCCCUAUAUUUUGGAGAGUAUGCAAAUGGACAAAGACUGUACUGCUUGCAAUUCUUUUGCUCUACUGUGAUUUUAGCUUCUAAAAACCAACAAAUCGCUUUGCUGAAAAAAUUUCUGGAUACAAAUAAAAAAAGUAGAGUACAGAAUAAGUAUUGGAAACCCAACAUGUAGCCCCCAUAGCAGAAAACGCAUCCAGCUAAUGGUAAUAAUAUUUUAAAGUUAUCUAGCAUCCAUGUUUAGGUCAGCAUUUUCAAACAACAUAUGGAAUGGGACGUGUCCUUCAAGAUAUGUGGGUCAGAUUGUAACCAGGAGUUCAAAUUCUUCCCCAAACUUCUUUGGGCUGCAACUCUUGUUACACUUAUACAUCCUGCUUCUGCUUGUCCUAACAACCUACAUUGGGAGAUUUCAGUUUCUGACUAGAAUCAGAGAGAGGCAGGGGCUUUCCCCCCUGCUCCUACCCAGGAAGAGCUGGAAGGAAGAUGAAGUUGUUUGACAAGCUUUUGACUUAAGGUUUGUUAUUUCAUCCAAUUAGCCAGUCCCCAAUUUCAUGCAGUGAAAUGGGGUUAAUGGCCAUAGAAUUCUUGUUUUAAACAGAGCACCAGUAUGUAGUGAAACAUUCAGCGUUUGUUUUUUAUUAGGUUAUCUGCUUUCCUGUUAGAUAGGGUAGUUCCAAAUCUCAUUUUGGAAUUUAAGUGUCCUGUCACCAUAGUAAUUAAGUGCUGGUCUACAUAUAACCUGACCUAGAGCAAUCUUAUUUUUUCCUCUUAAAAGUUAUAAGGACAUCCACAGAUCUUUGGAGUAUAUUUUCGACCAGCUCCCUCAACUUCCCACCUAUUGCCAUAUUUUGGGGAGGAGUUUAAAGAGUAUUGGUUGAAUUUCACAUGUGUGGCAUUUGAGUACCAUCCAAUGUCAAUGCAGAACUUGGAAGAUGUAAAAUGUGAAUUAUGAUUAGGCCCCGUAGGUGAUAAAAUGGAGACUUUCCCUAAUGGGACUUGAACAUUUCAAAAGGGCACAUUAUUGGAUACUGUCAUAAGAUCAGUCACUGCUGCAUGAGAGGAAAAGACAAUGCCAUUAUGCCCUGAAUAAUGCUUUGUAUAUACUUAUGUAUUAAUUAUGAAUUUGCACUACAAUACAUGCAGUACAUAGCUAAACAUUUACAAAUCCUUACAUUUCUCAAAGCUAAGAACAGUUUCAAGUGUGCAAAAUACUGCAGAAGAAACAGAUAUAUAAAAAUGAGCAGUUCAAUAAACGUAACAGGCAUUAAUAGUAUUUAUUUUUUCAUAAUCAAGUUUAUAUUCAGGUAAGUAUAGAUUCUUUAUUUAUACAUGCAUCUGUAUCACUUCAGUUACAUAAUUCAAAAGUCCAUUUCCCCCUCAAAAAUCUAUAAACUUUAUAAAAUACAGAUUGGACUAGUAUCUUAUGACUCAUUGCUUCUUACAGGGUGCCUACUCAAGUACUGAACAAAACUAAUAAGCAGGUGGGAAAUACGCAUUAGUAGCUGUAUUAAUGGGUCUGACACUAUCAGGUUGUGCUGGUAAAACUUCUGUACCCAUCAAUUCUGUUCAUUAACAUAACCGCAGUUCUUUAGAAAGUGCUAUGCACGCAUGUGACAAAACAAACAAGAUAUGCAUUAAAAUAGUCAACUAAUGUAACAAGAAUGUUUUCCUUUACUGUUCAGUCUUUGACAGUUCCAAGAAUAAAUCAGAAUAAUUCCCCUCCAUUUUGCUUUUAUUACAUACAAUAAAGUGUUUCUCUGAAUAUAUCUGGGUAACAUUCCUGAAUUACUGACAGAAUCAAAAUACGUUUUGACAACAUAGGGCUUUAGCUAUUUCUGAAAUUGUGUAUUUAGUGGAAAAAGAACAAAACCAUAUUAGUAAUGUGCUAAUUUUUUUUUUGAAGCAAGCAUUAGAAAAGAGACUAGAUUUUUUUUAAAGUAAGUCUAAUGCAAAUAAAGAUUAUUGUACAAAGCCAACUCUUUAUUAGUGAACUCAAAUUAACUGAAGCCCUGGCUAACAUAUUUAAUAUCUAUAUUUCUGAGUUUAAACCAUCUAUCAAAUUGAUAUUAGGCAUAACCAUUUAAGAUGAUGAUUGCUUUAAUACAAUUAUUCAGGGAAAAUUUUAUAAGACUCUUAAAAACAUUGAAAAAUUACUUAUACAUCACUAGAACAGGACCAAUCCAGUACAUUAUGGUAAGAUUUUGAUCAAUCCACUACAUUAUAAAAUCACCUGACUAUAUUUUACAAAAUCCUAGGUUUGCAUAUAAACAUUAUGGUACACCAAUGCAGGCACAAUGGCAUAGUGACAAUAUUUUCAUACCAAAUUAUACAUCACCAUAAGCACAACAGAAUUACCUUAUUGCCUGUAAAGAAACUUUGGGGGUUAUAGUAAACAAGAGAGAUUCUGUGAAAGAGAGCAAGGGAGGAAAGAUGAAGGGUCAAUUAUUACAAUGGACAAUGUGUCUUUCCUGAAAUUCACUUAAAAACAUGAAAAAGUUCUCUCAAAAAAGCUGAGUAAGAUGCAGGCAACAACUGUCUUUUUGUUUGCGUGUGAAUUAUGAAGGAAUUAAUUUUCAGGAGUUGUGAUUAAAGAAACAUUACAGAUCUUUUAUUCUCACUUAUAACAAAUGCUUCAGAUUUUUUUUCUGGGGGUGGGGGAGAGGGUAGAGGAGGGGGUGUUGGAAUACAGCAUGUAUCAUGAGAUGCAGAGUCAUUAAAACAAAACAAACUCACUCCUUAAAUCUAUCUGCAACUCUUCAAAUUAUGCAAAAGUGAAAAAUAGACUACCUGCAGGUCAGGAGAGAUGUUUUGUUUAAUGUUUGAGAUGAGAUUAUUAACCACUAAUUAAACAACCCUAUCUUCUUCUUAAACCCAGUGCAACUGUCAAUUCUAAUUUAUAAAAAUAAAUACACACAGAGGGCUUAUAGCCAGAGUAAAUCCACUGAAGACUCUAAUUAUCUCUAGAAUUACUCUGAAUUUACACUCAUGUAAUUGAGCACAAUUGACUAGAUUUCAGAAAAGGAAAAAAUCAGCUAAUUCUUACCGUUAAAACAUGGGAGUCAAUGCCAGCAUCAUGAUUACUGACAAUGUUUCAUCUGAUUUUUCUCUUCCAGACCCCAGAAAUAAUGUAAUAGAAUACAUAUGCAAAUGAGUUUAUCUUAACUGACUGCAUUCAGUUCCUGAGGGGACAACACCAUGGACCUUUUAAACUUGAUUAGAAUGGCAGUGUCAAAAGAAAAACUUUUCAUGGCUAUGAGGGGGAUAUACACACAGGAUAACACAAUGCAUUACAUAGCCAAAAAUGCCCAUCCUUACAUACAUGAAGAAUAUAUGUAACAAUACCUAGGUUAUCCUGAAACAUGUGAGCAUCAGGAUUUACCUCUUGGAUGAAUAAAACUGGAUAUACACCUGAAUAAAAUUUAAGUCUACACCAUUCAACAAGCAUACUAACCACUUAUUUUUUAGUUAAGUGGUGACAACUAUGAGGAUACAAUUUAGCAAUAAAAAGAUGAUUAAUUCUAACCAACGCUAUCGCCGCAAUGUAUGUGUGUUAAAUGGCAUUUUUAAACUCUUCUUUCUCAGUAACUGGGCUUUUAAAAGGCCAAAUGUACUGGAUUCACAUGUUGUAGGACCAUGACUUCAGGUGCUAUCGAGAAUAUAAUUCACCCAGUGGCAGAAAGAUGGGAGGACAAAAUAUUUAAAUAGAAGUGAAAACUGAAUGAAGAGUUUCUAAUCAGUAUUUCGAUCUUAUUCCAACAUGCACUUUGAUAGCAAUCUACCAACCACAGCCAAACAUUAAUGUAGGAAAAGCCAUGCCAAAUUAGCUAACUUAAGAACAUGGAGGUUAUAUGUUUUUUAUAGAAGUAUUAUUUAGUAGAGUCUCUGCACUCCACUCAAUCAUUGCCAUUUAUUAAAAAUUUACAAAAAUCUUGGCAAAACCACUUUUCCCCCAAUGAUUGACUUGAAAAUUUUACACAAAAUAUGGUUCCAAAAAUCUGUUACAGAGGGGAAAAAAAAUCACCUCUUACAGCUCCCAGAAGCUAACCUGAAACCACUGUUUGAAAGGAACAAUUGCAUUUGGAAACUAAAACAUGUUCUGCUGGGUAAAAUCCACUCCACACGGCUAAACAGCUACUUUGACAUAGGCUAUGUAACAAUAAAGCUUGAAGAUAAUACUUCCCUUCAUGAGAGCAGGAUGGUACCUUAUUAAUUUGCUUUAUACCACAGAACUGAUCUAUCCUUCAACCACUGUCUACUAGUAAUUGGCCUUGUUCUUCAUCCUUCCAUCUCCCUUAGCAGUGACUUUAGAUUCCUUCCAGACUACAUGUCUAUAGGCUCCCUAGCCCUACCUGCUUACUCACUGCCAGAGUAGGGCUACCUCUACACAGCCAAAGCUGUGCACAGGCUAGUUUACCUGAACUAGCUUGAAUCC